AUGAACGUUGUAUCUCCGAGAUGGACGAUGGCCAAGCUCAUGGCACUACUCGUUGGCCACUUCGUUGAACUUCACCUAUUGGAUAAGAGACUCAAUCUCUCGGAGAGUACUAUCAGCUUCCCGAGCGCUUUUGAUGAGGACAGACCGUGUCCUGAAUCCAAUUACCCGUACGCCCCCUUGAUACGUCCGAAAGAAAUCCGGCUCCUCAAGUUAGAAGUGAUCUCGGGAACAGUUUGCUGCACCUUGGAGACGGUACAUCUCGAUGAGGCACCACCUUUCUGGGCUCUGUCCUAUCUCUGGGGUAGCGAUCAAAUGGAUAUGUGCACUAUCCAACUAUCCUCGCCAGAGGGACCUCGCACCCUUCGCAUUACUUUCAACUGUGCCACGGCUAUCCAAUCUUUAGUCCCUUUCAGAACGCGGUAUCUUUGGAUCGAUGCCAUUUGUAUCAACCAACGUGAUACUCUUGAGAAACAGCACCAGCUGCCUUUGAUGCCGGACAUCUACACUCGGGCGACACUCGUCAUUGGGCACCUCGGGGGUCGCAACACCUUGCCGAUAGGGGAUUUCAUGAACAGACUGAGGCAGAAUAUUGCACAAGGCGAGGAUCUUGUCUUCGAUCCUUUUGACGGCUCCAACGCCGCCAUGUGGGAGGCCUUAUUCGGGAUUCUUGCCCAAUUAUACUGGGGGCGCGCCUGGAUCUUCCAGGAGGUUGUCUUGGCCAAGUCGCUGCUCCUUAUCUACGGCACCGCAUGCCUCCAGUGGAAAGAUCUAGCGUCUGUUGCAAAGCACGCCAUCGCUGGUGACAGUAUUGUCCUAACUGAGAAGAAUGAUAACGAUGAUGAUCGGAGGGAGCUGGCUUCUCGCAUCACCCGGGCCCUGUCGAAUUUCGGACUUUUCACCCACAUCGUCGACAGACUGAAGACACAUGAUUCAAGUUCAGAUGUCUCUAAGCGACCGAAACUAGCGCAGGUCAUUGACCUGGCAUUCUACCGACAAGCAACUGAUCCUCGUGAUGCAGUGUAUGCGUUACUCGGUCUCUGCUCGGACGCUACCGUCCCGGCAUUGCAGCCAAACUACGAUCCAUCCAUUUCUUGUGAGCAAGUAUACACAGACGUGGCAUGCUACUAUCUUGAAACCGGGAAGUGCAUCAAUCUCUUGCUUUUGGCCGGGCUAGCAUACAGACAGCCGACCAUGCGCCUUCCAAGUAGCAAGUGCCACAUCUCAGGCUUCCUACCGUCUUGGGUCCCCGACCUUGGCCUUGAGACUGAGAAACGGCUCGGCAGCUGGGCGGUAGAACGUGAGAGGUGGAGGGAUUGCCAACUAGAAUGCCAUAUUUGUCCCAGGCGCCGAUUUCUAUCCGUCAGGGGCUGCGAAAUAGGCACCAUCAUGGCAGUAUCAGAACUUGACAUGCGAAGCGCCGAAAAGUCGGCAUCUGGCCAAGUCGGAAAAGACUGGGUGAUACAGCACUGGUCAAGCAACUUCGCGGCGAGCCUUCAGAUGGCGGAGGAACUCGUGCCUGACCCGUAUCCCACUGGCAUGAGCCGUGAGGACGCUCAUUGGAGAACGCGAAUCAUGGACCACGAUGACAGAGGCUCCCCAGCAGCUGUAGGCACAAAGAAUCUAGUCAAUGUUCUGGUUGAAUACGCAAAGAACUCGGCGGAGGGCGGGCAACUUAAACAUCCUUUGUCUGAUGAGCAAAGUGACACGAGCAUCAAGCCCACCAAGGGCUGGGGUUUGAUAAUGGCCUCCUACACUUUUGCGGUAACCAAGGGUGGGUAUAUGGGACUGGUACCUCCCGGAUCGGUUGAGGGUGAUAUGAUUUGUCAAUUUGAAGGUUGUGGCGUCCCUUUUGUUCUUCGUCCGCAGGGUGAGGAAUGCGAUGAUACUUUUGCACUCUGGGGUGACGCGUACGUUCAGGGAUUUAUGCAUGGCGAGACCAGUUCGCUCUGUAAAAGGUGGUUUAGGAUAUCCUAG